AUGGAUCCGCGACCAGCACAUUACACUUCUGCUACCCAUGAAGUUGUGGUUAUAGCCCUAGUAUGUAUGGGCCAGUUCCUUUCACAGGUAGGUGUAACUAUGAUAUUGAGUACUAUGAAUAUAUUGAUCCACUCAUUUGCUCUGAACUCUUCAGAAAUAGACCAAUCCAAAACGGUUUGGUUCAUGGGUUCCUUUGCUCUAACAGUAGGAACUUUUAUACUUCUUAGCGGAAGAUUAGGUGAUCUCUUUGGUCUUAAACUAGUGUUCUGCAUUGGUUGGUUCUGGACUGCCAUUUGGUCAUUGGUCUGCGGAUUGUCUGUGUUCUCCAAUUCAGUGACAUUCUUCAUCGUAAGUCGUGCUUUUCAAGGAAUUGGUUUUGCUUUGGUACUUCCAUGCGGAAUGGGUAUAUUGGGAAACACAUAUCCCAAUGGACCGAGAAAGAAUUUAGCUUUUGGCUGCGUCGGUGCAAAUGGACCCACGGGUGCAACUAUUGGUGCUCUAAUGGCUGCAGUGAUUGGGCAGAAACUGUGGUGGCCAUGGGAGUUCUGGAUUCUUGCAAUCGUAAGUGGACUCAUUGGACUUCUUCUGGUUUUCAUGAUUCCAAGUAACUUAAACCCAAACAAGUACACUUUACGAGAAGCAUGGGACAAACUUGAUGUUAUUGGCAGUUUAGUUGGUAUUGUCGGGUUGAUACUCUUUAAUUUUGUAUGGAACCAGGGGCCAGUUGUAGGGUGGUCUACUCCCUAUAUUAUUGCAUUGCUCAUUGUUUCGGUUCUUUUCAUUGUAUUAUUCUUUUACCUCCAAUUGAACGUUUUAGAGCACCCAUUGUUGCCCAAAUCUAUUUUCACUGUUAAGAUUGGUCUUGUUUUGGCAAUUGUCUGUUUAGGAUGGGGUUCCUUCGGAGUGUGGCAGUACUACUACUGGAAGAUUAUGCUCAAUUUAAGACAGUAUACACCAAUAAUGACUAGUCUCACAUAUAUUCCAUUUUUGGUUUUUGGAAUAAUGGCAUCUAUGAUUGUUUCCUUCAUCAUCUCCAGAACCAAGCCAUCAUAUAUCAUUUGUUUUUCGGCCAUUUGUUUCACGGCUGGUUGCCUCAUGCUUUCCGUGACACCAGUGCACCAGUCGUACUUCCAGCUUACCAUGGGACAAAUGUUCAUUUUAUGCUGGGCAAUGGAUAUGAGUUUUCCAGCUGCUUCCAUCAUCCUUUCAGACUACUUGCCAGCCUCAAGUCAAGGCAUGGCAGGAUCGCUAGUUGCUACAGUCAUCAACUAUGGUGUUUCACUUUUUCUUGGAAUAUCCAGCACUGUAGAGAUAGAAACUUCAGAGCAUUCAACAACUCUCCAGAGUUACCGUUCAGCAUUGUACUUCGGUACUGGGGUGGCAGUGUUGGGAGUGGUGUUCUCGGUGGUUUUCAUAAUU